AUGGUUUCUGUAAAACAAUUAUUUGCAGUUGCUCUUGCAUCCACUGUUUUUGCUGCUGACAGCAAAAACGGUUCUACUCCAGUGAUAGAGAUCAAAGGUAAUGCUUUCUUUGACUCUUCAAGCAAUGAAAGAUUCUACAUCCGUGGUGUUGACUACCAACCGGGUGGAUCUUCCAAUUUGACGGAUCCUUUGGCUGACAAAGAGAUUUGCUCCAGAGAUAUCCCAGUGUUCAAGGAUCUGGGUAUCAACACUAUUAGAGUUUACACUGUGGACAACUCCCAGGACCACUCUGAGUGUAUGCAGAUGUUGCAAGAUGCCGGGAUUUACUUGAUCCUGGACGUCAACACCCCAGACAGUUCCAUCUCCCGUCACAACCCCAGCUGCUCCUACAACGCCGACUACUUGCAAAACAUCUUCGCCACUGUCGAUGAAUUUGCCAAGUACGACAAUGUGCUGGGCUUCUUCGCCGGUAACGAGGUCAUCAACAUGGUCAACAACACUGCGACUGCUACUUACGUCAAGGCUGUUGUCAGAGACAUGAAGAAGUACCUAAAGGCCCGUAACUACAGACAAAUCCCAGUUGGUUACUCUGCCGCUGACAUCGCCUCUAACAGACAGUUGACCGCCGAGUACUUCAACUGUGGUGACGACGCUGAUGCUAGAAUCGAUAUGUUCGGUGUCAACGACUACUCCUGGUGUGGUGACUCUUCCUUCGUUGUCUCUGGUUACAAGACCAAGGUCGACUUGUACAAAGGCUACUCCGUCCCAAUCUUCUUGAGUGAAUUCGGUUGUAACCAAGUCCCAGGCGCAAGACCAUUCACCGAAAUCAAGUCCAUCUACUCCACUCAAAUGUCAUCUGUCUUCUCCGGUGGUUUGGUCUACGAGUACUCUAACGAAACCAACAACUACGGUCUAGUUCAAAUCGAUAGCCCAACUAACGUCACUAAACUACAGGACUUUGCGAACUUGAAGUCUGAGUACGCUAGUGUCUCAAACCCACAGGGUGACGGUGGCUACUCCGAGUCUAACCAACACUCUACCUGUCCACCAUACCAAGAAGGUAUCUGGGAAGCCAACAACACUUUGCCAGAAAUGCCAAGCGCUGCCUCUGUCUACUUCGAAUCUGGUGCUGGUCAACCAUUCGGUACAGGUAUCAGAACACAGGACAGCUGUGGUAAGGAUGAUGAUGACAUUGAAAACCAAAGCGAUGACGAUAACUCUAACGCUAACUCCACCGACACUUCUUCUUCUUCCUCUAUGGCUAACUCAUCUUCCUCCUCCACACAAUCCUCCUCUUCCGCCACUACUUUGAGCACCAGCGCUUCCUCCACUUCUGCUUCCUCUUCUUCCUCAAAGGCCAAGAAGGCCAAGAAUGGUGCAGCUGCUUUGGAAAUCCCAGCUGUCUUCCGUGCUCUAUUCGAAGUUGCCAACUUCGUUCUAUGA